AUGGAUGAGCGAGAUGAGCGAGAUGAGCGAGCAAGUGAGAGAGAUAAUGAUGACACAAAGUUAACUCUGGGCACACGCAGGCCUGAAGGGUCGCUCUCAUGGUUGAAAGUUUAUUCUAGAAUGAUUGUGGCAGAACAGAUUUGGCUGAAAGUUGCCUUCUCGGGCCUCGGUUUCACAACAUUCUAUCUGGCUGGCAAGCUGCACUGCUUCACGGAGAGUGGGCGGGGGAAGAGCUGGCGGCUUUGUGCUGCCAUCUUGCCCUUGUACUGCGCCAUGAUGAUCGCCCUAUCGCGCAUGUGUGACUACAAGCAUCACUGGCAAGAUUCCUUUGUUGGAGGAGUGAUUGGCCUCAUUUUUGCCUAUAUUUGCUAUAGACAACAUUACCCUCCUCUGGCCAACAUGGCAUGUCACAAACCGUAUGUCAGCCUCCGCGUGCCCACUUCACUGAAGAAGGAGGAGACGCCUACAGACGACAGUGCGCCCAGCUUGCCUCUGGAGGGCAUCACCGAGGGCCCCGUAUGA